AUGUCUUCUCCUAACCCCUGGGGCGACAAGAAGAACGGCAAAGAUGACAAGAAGCAAGAUGAGACACCCGAUCAGAAAGUCGAUGACCAAAAGCCUGGAGACCAGAAGCCUGAAGAUCAAAAGGCCGAGGACCAGAAGCCGGCAGACCCACAGGCUGGCGGUAACGAGCCCGCAGAGGCAGAGGACGAUGGAAAGCCUGAGGAUGCUCAAGUAGAAGACAAGCCGGAGGAGAAGCCAGAGGCCAAAGACGCACAGGAGGAAAAGCCCGACGCAAAGGCCGGCAAGGGAAAGAAAGACAAGGGCAAGAAGCCUGAGGAGCAGCCAAAGGAAGAGCCCAAGGAAGAGCCAAAGAAGAACGCCAAGGACAACAAGAAGAAGGCAGUCCAGGAGGAAGAAGAGGACGACUACAGCGAGGAUGACCAAGAUGAUAACUACGACGAUGAUGAAGUCUACGACGACGACUAUGCCGACGAGCAAUAUGAUGAUGACGAGCCGGCAGAGGAGGAGGAAGAAGAAGAGCUUGAGCCCGAGUAUGACGAGGAGGAGGGAGAGGAAGAACAAGACUCUGCCCCAUCCAUGUCGCAGCCGGCCACGCCCGAUGAAAAGGAGCAGCCGUGGCGUCCGGAGCAGCAGCGGAAGCAAAAGUCCAGCGACCAGAAGAAGCAGGUCGAGAAGCGCAAGAAGAAGAGCAGCGGUGGAUCCUCCCGCCAGCAGUACAGCCGCGAGGAGAUGGAGGCCGAGAUGCGUCAGCAGCAGCAACAAUGGAUGAUGCAGCAGCAGAUGCAGCAGCAACAGAUGCAGCAGAAGGAUGACGGCGGCGGCAAGAACCCGCUCAAGCUCCACUUGGAGCUGAACCUCGAGGUCGAGAUUGAGCUCAAGGCCCGUAUCCACGGUGACUUGACGCUUGCCCUA